CUCUUAUCAAUUUCUCUCUUCAAUAUUUAGUAUCAAUAUUACCGAAAUACUUAGAAUCAAUUUUAUCAUGGUAUCAGAGCCGAAAUCCUGGAGACAAAAUUCUUAGAUUCUUCCUUUUCACAUUUUUUAAUUUCUCUAGCUAGGCUAUGGAGAUUGGUGAUGAAACCAUUGAAUCCAGCCAUAUAGUUAGCAAAAUGAUGGACUCCAUGCCUCAAAUAAAUAUGGCAGGAGUAUUGUCACAUACCUGUUCUUGGAUAAUUAAUUCCGGAGCAACGGAACAUAUUACUUGUAGUGACAGAAAUCUUAUUGAUAUCUUGACCACUCCUUCCGAAUCAUCAGUCAAAAUUCCAAAUGGAGAAUCUGUUCCGGUUCAUGCUAUCGGUAGCUUAUACUUACCAAACGGGUUGUAUCUUCGGCGUGUCCUAUACAUCCCAAAAUUUCAAUGCAGCUUACUUUCAGCUAGUCGCCUCACAAGCGAUCUAAAUUGUACAUUGACAUUUUUUUCAGACUUCUGUACUUUGCAGGAUAUACCCUCGAGGAAGCUUAUUGGCGUGGGUAAAUUCUGCAAUGGACUCUAUUAUAUGGAUUUUCCGAUAUGUGAGGGGGUGGCAAUGUCAGUCUCUGUUACAUCUGAGUUGUGGCAUCAACGUUUGGGACAUGCAUCUGAUGGAAAAUUGCAUCACAUUAGUUUUCUCAAAGGAUUUCGACGGAGUGAUAAUUUCUGUGAUCCUUGCAUUCGAGCUAAGCAGACUAGACUACCUUUUUCAUCAAGUUCCAUUAAGACAACUCGUUGUUUUGAACUGAUACAUUGCGAUAUUUGGGGAGGUUAUCGAUGCGAUUCAAUCUUCGGUGCACGAUUAUGGCCCAUUCACGAUGAGCGGACAUGGCGUCAUUUUUUCCGGAUCGCUACAAAUGAGUAUGAGGGAGUUGCACAUUUACGUGGAAGCUUCAGCGACCCCGCCACAAAAUUUGACGUUCCACGGAACUCCCGGAGAGGAAGGCCCAUCAUCAAUAUAUGGUCGGAGGAACAACCGCCAAACGUUUCAAAACUACGAAUCUCCCGUUAUGAGGACUGUCAAAAACGACUACGGCAGAUGGUCCUGGACGUAGGUGAUGAAGAGAUGCUCCAUCGGGGCAUAUUCCAUUAUGAAGAUGAAGAUGAAGGUGGAAGUGAUGAAGAUGAUGAUGCAGAUGAA